AAGUUGGAAGUAAGUAUGAAACUACCGCUUGGAAUGGAACGUCAUUUUGGUGUUCCAACAAGGGUUCGUCAUUGGGUUGGUUGAAUUGAACUUCCAGUUCAAUUUCCCCUUUACUACCUUCCUUUGUGUGCUUCUUCUGUCUAUAAAUAUUUCAACCCAUCCACAUCACUUCUUUCCAAACUCAAAACCCAAAGGCUGGCUGUCUCUGUGUCUGUUUAUAUACACUGCAGAACAUUAAAGAAGAAGAAGAAGAUGAUGAUGAUGAUGAAGCCGCAGUCGACUAGAAUCCAUUUCCUCCAGCUCUCCUUCUUACUCCUCUUAUUCUUCACCCUCCUCCUCCACGCCACCUUAUCCUACACCCCGCGCCUCCUGCCAGCCACCACCCUCGUCCUCCUCCUCCUCCUCCUCCUCCGCCGCCGCCGCCGCCCCGUCCUCCUCCUCAACUACUCGUGCUACAAGCCGCCUCCCAACCUCAAGUGCUCCCGCGAAGCGGCCCACGACUUCGUCCGCCGCCGGAUACCCAACCCUAAAAGCGUCGACUUCAUGAGCAACAUUUCCUCCAAAUCCGGCCUCGGAGAGGAAACCUACGGGCCAUCGUUCAUGUUCCAAGGAAAGCCCGCUGCCACUUUCGCAAACGCCGUCGACGAAGCUCAGGACGGCAUGUUCUCUGCCAUCGACUCACUGUUAUUCAAAACCCAGCUCAAUGUCGAUCUCAUAGACGUCGUCAUUGUCACCAGUGGAAGCUUCUCGCCGGCGCCGUCGCUCUCUUCGAGAAUUGUCAACCGUUACAAGCUCAAACCCGACGUCAAAACCUUCAAUCUCAGCGGCAUGGGCUGCAGCUCUGGCGUCGCCGCCUUUGAUUUAGCCGCUAGGGUUUUGAGCGUUGGAAAGAAAGUUCAAUAUGCUCUGUUAAUCAUCACCGAAGGAAUCAGCUCGAACUGGUAUUUCGGCGACAACCGCUCCAUGCUCGUAACCAACUGCAUCUUUCGCGUUGGCUGCGCCGCCGCGGUGCUCACCAACGAUCCGAGCCGCCGCCGAGUCGCAAAGAUGGAGCUGGUCGACUCGCUCCGAACCCACCACGGCGCCGACGAAGGAUCCUACCGUGCCGCCUUCCAGGAGGAAGACGACAAGGGAAUUACUGGGUUUUCGCUCACCAAGGAUCUAGUGAGAGUUGCCGGCACAAACCUACGUGAACACAUCAAGAUCCUGGCGCCCCGAGUCCUGCCGCUGAGUCAACUCGUCCGCUACUGCUACUCGGCGGCGGUGUCCCGGGGCGGAUCGAAACCGGCACCGCCCGAUUUCAGGACGGCGUUCGAGCACAUGUGCGUGCACACGGGCGGGAAGGCGGUGAUCGAGCAAGUGGGGCGAGUUCUGCGACUCGGAGACGAGGUGACUGAGCCGGCUCGGAUGACACUGCACCGGUUCGGCAACACGUCGAGCAGCCUGGUGUUGUACGAGUUGGCUUAUUUUGAAGCGAAAGGGGUGGUGAGGAGCGGGGAUCGGAUGUGGAUGAUUGCAUUUGGGACCGGUUUUAAGAUCGGGAGUUUGGUUUGGAGAUGGCUCUGUGAUUCCACCGAGGACUGUGACAAUCCAUGGAACGAUUGCAUACAAUCCUACCCCGUUAAUUAAAAGCUAUUCCAUUUAAAUUAAUAUGAUAAUUGCAUGAUUCCUAUUUUCUGUUACUUGUGAAAUAUAAAAAGAUUACAGUUCUAUGAAAUUUUCUUUUUUUUAAUUAUUAUUAUUAUUAUUUUGUUUAUGGUCUUCUUAGUUGGGUUAG